GACGACAGUGGUAGCGGCAGCUGCCUUCUUGGAUGCCUUUCAGAAAGUGGCUGACAUGGCCACCAGCACGCGUGGUGGUACCAGAGAGAUUGGCUCUGCCCUGACCCGGAUGUGCAUGAGGCAUAGAAGCAUAGAAACCAAGCUGCGGCAGUUUUCAAGUGCUCUGAUCGACUGUCUGAUAAACCCACUGCAAGAACAGAUGGAAGAAUGGAAGAAAGUAGCGAACCAGCUGGAUAAAGACCACGCAAAAGAGUAUAAAAAAGCUCGCCAAGAGAUAAAAAAGAAGUCCUCAGAUACACUAAAGCUGCAGAAGAAAGCAAAAAAAGUGGACGCUCUCGGGAGAGGUGAUAUCCAGCCUCAGCUGGACAGCGCUCUCCAAGAUGUCAAUGAUAAGUAUCUCCUGUUGGAAGAAACAGAAAAGCAGGCAGUCCGGAAGGCUUUGAUUGAAGAACGGGGCCGCUUCUGCACCUUCAUCUCUAUGCUGCGACCCGUGAUUGAAGAAGAAAUCUCAAUGCUAGGGGAAAUAACUCACCUUCAGACCAUAUCAGAGGAUCUGAAGAGCCUGACCAUGGACCCUCACAAACUGCCCUCUUCAAGUGAACAGGUGAUUUUGGACUUGAAAGGUUCUGAUUACAGUUGGUCGUACCAGACACCACCCUCUUCCCCCAGUACCACCAUGUCCCGAAAGUCAAGUGUCUGCAGCAGCCUGAACAGCGUCAACAGCAGCGACUCACGGUCCAGCGGCUCCCACUCUCAUUCUCCCAGCUCACAUUACCGCUGCCGCAGCUCCAACCUGACCCAGCAGGCGCCCGUGCGGCUGUCCAGCGUGUCCUCCCAUGACUCGGGAUUCAUAUCUCAGGACGCCUUCCAGUCCAAGUCACCGUCCCCCAUGCCGCCAGAGGCUCCCAGCCAGAACUCGUCCAGCUCGGCCUCUUCUGAAGCCUCCGAAACCUGCCAGUCAGUGAGCGAGUGCAGCUCACCCACCUCAGUCAGCUCAGGCUCCACCAUGGGCGCCUGGGCUUCCGCAGAGAAGUUGUCUAACGGGUUUUCUCACUAUAGUUUAUCAAACUACGCUCAUUAUUACACCAUUGGGCCCGGCAUGUUCCCGUCAUCUCAGAUCCCUAGCUGGAAGGACUGGGCCAAGCCAGGACCUUACGAUCAGCCUCUGGUGAACACCCUGCAGCGCCGCAAGGAGAAGCGGGAGCCGGACCCCAGCGGAGGAGGACCCGCUGCUGUGGGUGGUGCACCUGCCACUGGCGAGGAAGCUCAAAGACCACGGAGCAUGACUGUGUCAGCUCCUGCCAGGCCUGGUGAAGAGAUGGAGGCUUGUGAGGAACUGGCACUGGCCCUGUCCCGGGGCCUCCAGCUUGACACCCAGAGGAGCAGCCGGGACUCCCUUCAGUGCUCUAGCGGCUACAGCACGCAGACUACCACCCCGUGCUGCUCCGAGGACACCAUCCCCUCCCAAGUUUCAGAUUAUGAUUAUUUCUCUGUAAGCGGCGACCAGGAGGCAGAUCAGCAGGAAUUUGACAAAUCCUCCACUAUUCCGAGAAACAGUGACAUCAGCCAGUCCUACCGACGGAUGUUCCAAGCCAAGCGCCCGGCCUCAACGGCUGGCCUCCCUACCACCCUUGGACCUGCUAUGGUCACCCCAGGGGUUGCAACCAUUCGACGGACCCCUUCCACCAAGCCUUCUGUCCGCCGGGGGACCAUCGGAGGUGGUCCCAUCCCCAUCAAGACGCCUGUGGUCCCUGUCAAGACCCCAACUGUCCCAGACCUCCCUGGGGUAUUGCCAACCCCUCCAGAUGGGCCAGAGGACCGGGCUGAGCACAGCCCCGAGUCACCCUCUGUGGGUGAGGGCCCCCAGGGUGUCACCAGCAUGCCCUCCUCAAUGUGGAGUGGCCAAGCCUCCGUCAACCCUCCUCUUCCAGGCCCGAAGCCAAGUAUCCCCGAGGAGCACAGACAGGCGAUUCUAGAAAGUGAGGCUGAAGACCAGGAAAGGGAUCCCUCAAGUGCCACUGCCUCCCCAAGCCAGAUUCCAGAGAGCGACCCUGCAGACCUGAGCCCAAGAGAUCCUGUGCAAGGAGAAGACAUGCUGAACGCCAUCCGCAGGGGUGUGAAACUGAAGAAGACCACGACAAAUGACCGCUCAGCCCCUCGCUUCUCUUAAGCUCUUCAGCCCACAAGAAGUGCUGCCAGUGGGGAAUGAACUGGUUAAUUAAUAAAACCUAAUUUGUCUUGAUCCAUUCCAAUCUAUAAUCAAACAAAAGAUUUUGUAGGCAACUCAGAAUACAGCUCUUUUGAAAGUACUCAACACCUUUAGAUAAGAAUUAAAAGCAACAUGUAACUGACAGACCUUGACCUUUUAAUUUGUAAAUAUGGGCAAUUUUCUUUCUUCACAUUUUAAUCUUAGUUCCCUUUUGAUUUUUUCUGAAGGUGCCAAAUCCAUUUAACUUUUUUACAAGUCUUUGUAAAAUUUUAAAUGCCUAAGUGGGGUGGGGGUGGGAGUGGUAGGGGCAGGGGAACCACGAAGUAGUUAAUUUCAGAAAAAAGGUUAACUAUGUAUCUUUUCUUUUCUCCUAUUAUUCUGCAACUUUUGUAGAUGCAUUGUAGUAGUCUGGCUUAGAAGCAAAUUCAAGUUAUUUUAAUGUACAAUGUAUAAGGGGUGUAAAAUCUUCAUUUAAAUAUACUAUGUUCUGGAUGAGAAAAGCAGGAGUAACAAUUGAGCAAUAUUCAGAGUCUGGAAAUGGUAGACUGUUGGGAUUGGGGGGAGGGCUGUGGGAGGGGCACAUUGUCAACAUAGCCAAUCCUGUUACAUUUAAGAGUAGCCUUGUAGGUUGAAUUUUUAGUAGCUUCAUGGUAAAUGCAUCUGAAUAAGCCAUACUGGACUGCAGUGUUUGUUUCUGUAGGGUGUUUAAGGAAUUCCUUUCUCCCCAGAUUCCUCUUGACUGCACACACCACCCCUCCAAUCCCAGCAUGCUGCUGCCACCAGGUAGACAUAGAAUCCCCCACUUCAGUUACUCGUCUGUUGAACCCACUUUCAUCUAAUCCAAAUACAUCCAAAAGGGUAAGGCAGUUUUAAAAAUGUGAGGACAUUUUAAGUAAUAGCAGGGACUUCUUAGAUACAGCAAAUGCCUUUUACUUAACUGCCCAGCAGGCUGGGCACAUUAAAAAGCCCAAAUAUUUUGAAAAAACUUGAGCAAAUUUAACAAGGGUAACCAACUUUGGAGUCUAGCAACUUGCCAAUGUGUUUACCAAUCUGGGGGCUUGUUUUUCUUACCUUCUUUUAAAUCAGUGGCAGUUAAUUGGCUUCAUACUAAACAUUGAAGAGAGAUUUAUUUGUUGUCACUGGGAAUCUGUUCCACCACUAUACUGUUCCUUUUUUUGUUUUCUAGGUAAUGUUUUUUGGAAUGGAUUUGUUUUUUUCUGUUCAAUUUGUUCUAAUGCCUGUCCCCUAAAGCCAACAGGGACUUGUAGAUUUAAUGGGAUCACGUCUGGAGAAGAGUGUCUGAAAGAGCAAGCAAGCCCCUCACUAUUCGGGUUAGUUUAAAGGGCUCCUUUGUGAUACAAACUCUUUUGAGUAGGAGCUUGGUGGGUCCCACAGACCCUGCAGAUUUCUGUUGGCUGUAAUCUUCAAUUACAUAAUCUUAUGCUUUAAUACAUAACUGCAUUGGAUGUGAGAGUAACAUACCUGUAUAGCCAUUCUUCUAUAUAUUAACAUUUAACACUGCUGUGAUUGAUUGCUCAAGGACUUCUUAUGUUACGGCUUUAAAGCAAAGGCAUGAUUAUUAGAAACUAAGCUUUUCUUCUUUGAAAAACAAGCUCCUUUUACAAAUAUAAGCAACAGUAGUGCCUGUGGUUUAGCCCACCAAUCUUUAUGACUAAGAAUAGCUGAUGCAUUGUGCAUAUGAUGCUUGAGAUGGUUUUUGCAAAAGCAGAAAUCACUGCAAAGUAAGUACAAUAGAUAAAAGUGGUAUUUUAAACCUUUGAAAUAAAUGGAUGUAACUGUACCUUGGUACAGCUUUUCACUUGUUUAGUUUUUAAACGUUAGAAUAAUCUGAAUAAAUAUAAUAUAAAAUGUUGCCAAAUUCAAUGUAGAAAGAAUGUGACAAACACCUUGGGUAGUUCUGUUUGUGUUUUUGCAUAUUGUAAAAGCAGUGUCACAGCGAAAAAUAGUUUCUAAAGGUAAAUUAUUGUGGUUUAGUUGCUAGUUUGUACUAAGAGUUGACCUCUCCCUGUGCAGUUUUUUGUUCUAAACUUGUAUAAAAUACAACAAUUGUGUAACUUGUCUCCCUUCUACCCUGUAACAAUUGCUUCAGCCUACAUUAUAAAUAAAGAACCACUAGAAAAAAAA